ACGAUCGUCGCCAUGACAGCGUUUCAAACAGUUGUCAAUCAACGGAUCUUUGUUAACAUUUUCUACAUUCGAAAUACGUAUAAUUUUGUUGAAAUAAUUUAAUAAUGUCGGAUAAACGUAAAACAUUCGCUUUACCUAUAUCAAAGCCUGUUAAAACAACGCAAGUACCGUCAUCCGUGCGUAAAACUAUUACUACGUCUAAAAAGAAAAUUGUACCAAAACUUAACACAACGUUAUGUACCAAAUUAAACCCGGCUGAUGUUACUAUUUGCAAGGCUGAUGAUUUACAAGAUUUCGAAGAACAAUAUCGUCAAAUAGCUUACGGCAAAUUCAUGCGUACAAUGUUAGAAGAAUGUUUAGUGCGUGAUAAAUUUGAACGAGAAGAAACUGAAGUGGAUGUUCAAAUGUGUCAAUUGGCUGAACGAUUUAACAAAACAACGGAACAAUUAGAUAAAACAAGCAGAAGAUUAAAGGAAAUAUCAUUUAUUGUUGAACAACAAAGAUUAUCAGAUUUAAAAUCAAAUGAUUACACGCAGUUCCAUGAAAUGUCUCAGAAAUCGAAUGCCGAAGAAUUAUUACAAAACUUAGCGAGUACAGAACAAACAUUACUUGAUAAAUUGGAAACGAAAAAUGUCGAUUUCGGUUACGACAAGGAAACUGGACAUAAACAAUUAUUGGACGCUGUUACGGAUGCAAUUGAAGGAUUAGCGGAGAUAAAGAAACAUUCUAAUUUAGAUGUAAAUAAGUUUAAAGAAUAUGAGAAGACACAAAGUACUUUGAAUAACUUGGAACGAGAGAAAUUUGAUUUGGAAAGUAUGAGGUUACAGUUUGAAACAAAAUUUCCUAAUUUCAACGAGAAUUUGAUAAAAGAUGCUUCAGAAAGAAUCGCCCAGUUGUUAGAUAAUGAAGAUAGUGAUGAUUGAUAUUCGAUUAUUGGAUUUAAAGUUUUUUAUAUAUAUUUUUUUUAUAUCAUAAGGUGGCAAACGAGCGAGCGGCCACCUGAAAU